AUAUUGAUAUUUUAUAUUUAUUUCAUAACAACAAGUUCUAUGCCUUGUAGAAGAUAAGAAAGACAAGUGAAAUUUAAGAUAGUGAGAUAUUAUUCUUUUCAUUUUUUAAAAUCUUAUCUUAAACUAUGGUGGACACAAAAAAAAUAUUGGGGGAGGAAAUUAGAGAUGACAUGAUGUAUUUGUAGUAUAUGGAGAACAUAAAUUUAGAUAGGAAGAUUUGAAGAUCGAGAAUUAAGGUAAAAAGUUAGUCAGUAGUCCGACAUUGUUUAAUUUCCUUAUCAAUAUUCUUCACUUUUAGUACUCCUUUUAUCUCAAUUUAUAUAACUCACUUUUAAUUUUAAUCAAUCCAAAAAGAGUAAUAUAAUUCUAUAUUUAGUAACAAUUUAAUUUUAAAAUAUCCAUUUUAUCCUUAUUGAAUGUUAUGGAACAAACUGAAGAUACUGCAAAAUAGACUGAAGGGGUUGAACAAUCAUCUGGCCUUAUAUAGUCAGAAGCUUCAGCAGGCUAGACUUAACCUAGAGAUCACACAAACCAAGCUGAUUGAUAAACCUGUAUGCUCUAAUCUGAUUGAACAAGAAAAGGCUUGGUUGAUUGAAGUUAAGAAGUGGAGUGAUAUUGUGGAACAAGUCUAUAGACAGAAAGACAGAGUUACUUGGAUAGAUGGUGGGGACGCAAAUACAAGAUACUUUCAUGCAAAAUUGAAGAUAAGAACCAGCAAGAACACCAUUACAUCCAUUUAUCAUAACACUGGGGUCAAGCUAGAAGAUCCUGCACUGGUGAAAGCUGAGUUUAUAAAGUUCUUUUCUAACUUUAUGGGGGCACAACUACCUUGCCCAAGCAUAACAGUAAUAAGAAGUGGCGUAUGUCUCUCUCAUGAACAAAAGCACAACCUAAUUACCUCUAUCACAGAAUUGAAAAUACAUGCACUAAAGAAAGGAAUGCCACAUGAUAAAGCCCCAGGUGUCAAACACCAACUGAAGCAAGAACUAUUGAAGGAACUUGGGUACAGUGAAGGGGAGCUUUCUUUCAGGUACCUGGGAGUUCCUUUAUCAUCUAAAAAGCUCAUAAUAGGUUAAUGCUUGCCACUAGUAGAGAGAAUAACAAAAAGAAUCAGAUGUUGGACUGCUAAGUUACUAUCCUAUGCUGACAGAGUUCAAUUAAUUAAGGCAGUGAUCUUCAACAUUCAGAUAUUUUGGGCACAAAUAUUUGUCCUUCCUAAAAAGAUUCUAAAGAUAAUUGAAACCAUCACCAGGACAUUUCUCUGGACAGGCUUCACAGAGGUAUCCAGGAAAUCCCUUGUCUACAUUUCUCUGGACAGGCUACACAGAGGUAUCCAGGAAAUCCCUUGUCUUUUGGGAAAAAAUUUGCAUGCCAUAAGAUGCAGGAGGGCUGAAUGUACAGGAUAUAAGACUUUGGAAUAAGGCAGCAAUCUUGAAGUUUUUAUGGGCAAUCAAUGAAAAGAAAGACUCUCCCCGAAUAAAAUGUGUCCAAGAGUAUUGUUUGAAGUUUGAAGAAGCAGGAACAUACAAUAUACCAACAAAUGCCACUUGGGUGGUAAGGAAAAUGCUGGUAUUUAGGACAUAUAUCAUGCAGUGCUCAACUAUGCAAGGUGAUCUCACAACUAGACUUCAGGCAAUGGUUGUCAAAGGUAAACUUAACAUCAAGAAAAUCUAUUUACAGCUAUUACCUCAAUACCAAAAGGUAGCAUGGAAGAGCAUUGUACUUCAACAAAGCAUACAUUCCUAGCAUAAGUUCAUCUUAUGGCUGACCAUUAAAAGAAGGCUUGCAACAGUGGAUAGAUUGCUGAAGUUUGGUAUUCAUGUAUCCCAAUCAUGCAUUUUCUGUGAUUCACAAGUAGAAACACUGGACCACCUAUACUUUGGUUGCACAGUGACAAAGAACAUGUGUCAAAGGUUAUUGAAAUGACCGAGGAUACAAAGAAUCAUUGGUGGCUGGGAAAAAAAGGUCCAAUGGGCAAAAAAGAAGUCAGAAAUGGGUGCCAUCAUCAGCUGUGUAUUUAGUAUGCAGGUUGCUAUAAUUUGGAGAGAAAGAAAUCACCUUAGAUUCCAAGCUGGCCAAUUCUAUGCUGACAAGUUGUACAAGGAAUUUGCAGUGCAUGUUUACAUUGUAGGCAAAAGAAAAACACAAUGGACUGAACAAUAUUCCUUAGGAACUUGUAUUUGAUAAUAGAAGAUGUAAUAGAUAGGAAAGUUUAGCUAUAGAUUGAUUUUGUUUCAAUUCUGAGAAGCAAGAGGUAGAAGAUGUAAUAGAUAGGAAAGUUUAGCUAUAGAUCGGUUUUGUUUCAAUUCUGA